AUGCUGGUGGAGGACCUCGAUGCCCAAGGAGAUGGGAAGAACCUGCAAGCAAACUGGCAGGACAUGGGGGGACUGAGGGCAGAGGAGAAGUGGAGGCUGGACAGGACUGGCACCUCUGAGGGGUGGCUGGCAGUGGGGGGUGUUCCUACACCUGAAGGGACCCUCAUGGGCUCAGAUCAGAGGGAGUGUGGCAACGUUUUCCCAUGCCCAAUCAGCCUGGGAAGUUUGCCCAGCUCUCAGGCCAGGUCCUACGCCCUCAGAGGAUGCCUCCAGGCCGUGUGGCCCUGGGGGCAUAAGAGGGAGGACAGCGGAGAACACGACAGGCAGUCUUCAGUUUGGAAGACUGCCCGUGGAUCAAAUGCGAUGCCUGAGAUGAUGGUGAAAAUCAUUGGAAGUAAACACUUUUGAUACCUUGUGGAGAAGCCAAAGAUCAAGGAGAAUGAGAACUGGAAGGCAGAAACUCAAGCAGUACUCCAGAAAUCAGUGACUGGUACCGCAAAGCAGAUUAGCAGAGACCCCCCAGCUUCUACUAAUCCCACAGAUCAUCAAAUCAAUCAUGACCCAGAUGAUGUGGAAAAGAGCAAGCACCCAGAGAAAAACCAGAAACCAGAGGACAACCAGAAACUCCUAACGGGAGGACUCAGUUGCAGAUUUCUGGAUGGCAAAAUUCCCAACCAGGAAAAUGUCUACUGCAGCUCUGUACCAACUGGAUACCAGUCCCUGUCCUAUAUCCAUGGCCUCCCCAGGAGAAACCUUAGAGACUCGUCCUUAGAACAGAUGGCAAGGGGCAGCUCUGACCAACCCAAUAUGUGUAUCCUAAGAGUUGUUGGGCUGUUUUCUAUUGUGGUUGAAGGGGUGAAUUAUGAAAAGCUACUCUGGUUUUUAAAAGUUGCAGCUUCAGAUGAUCCACAGCAAAACAAAAGAGUUGAGGACAGCAAGGUGAAAGAAACUCAGGGUGGUAGCCAUCAGAGUACUGCCCCUUAAGACUCCAACUCCCAGUCAGAAGUGAACCACCACCUGUUGGAGAUCUUGAAGAUGGCACUAAGGGCAACCAAGGGCAAACUCAACAUGGAGAAUCUCAACCGGAGUUUUCGAAAAGGAGAUCGCUCGUUCUCUGGCUACCUCCCCCGACCCAAGGUCAGGGCUAUAUGUGGGAAACAUGGAUUAUAUUUGACUUUGAGCCUUCUGGAAACAUUGCUUAACCAUCAAGAUUUGGGUUACCAGGACGAAAUAAAAUGGCAGAAUUUUGUUGAGUUGUUGAGCAAAGCUUCAUCUUAUUUGUCAUCUGAUUUACUUCCCGGAAAGAAAGGAAAGGAAACCUCUGCUAUUCCAGUGCAUCCUGAAGUUAAUGAGAUAUCUCAAGGAAAAACUGAACAUAUGAAAGGGGACUUGAAGCAGAAGUUUGGAGUUCUGGAGAAGGAAUGAGCCAGAUGCCUCAUUCACAACUACAAUCUCAUUUACAACCUGUCCCUGAGCCCUCAGAAAGUUUACCAAGCCUUGCGGAGAUUCCAUGCUGGAGAAAAUAUGCUCUUGGAGCCAGCGCUUCAGUACUUAAAGGAGCUAUGA